UUGUUUCUAGGCAAUCUCGACGAAGUAAUAUCUAAUGUCGACCAGCAGAUCGAGAACAUCGAUUCUGAGAUUACGGCGAUAUUAGAAACGCAGAGUACUGCGAAACAAGACAGUCAGACAUCUCUUGAAGAAGCGAAAAAGGCUGUGCAACUGUUAUACGCUAGAAUCCUCGAAAUCAAGGCGAAAACUGAGGAUUCGGAAACGAUGGUCGUGGAAAUAACGAAGGAUAUUAAACAGCUGGACCAAGCGAAAAAAAACUUGACAACAUCGGUGACUACCUUGAAUCAUAUACAUAUCAUGCACUUGUUGUUGCUUUAUGUCCUCGGAGGCUGGAUUCAGACGAAGAAUUUUGCGGAUGUUGCCGAACGUCUACCAGGUAUUCAGAACGUGCUAAGUCACUUUGCAAAGUACAUGAACUUACCGGAAGUGCGGCAACUUUCUGGACGAGUGAAAAAUAUAUGCACUGAGCUGAGCACGCUGUGUUGUUCCGAAUUCAAAGAGUAUUUCACGAUGCGUAGCAAAGGUCAUUCUUCGAUACAAAUUGCGGAAGUGAUCAAGGUCAUAUCUGUGUUGAACCCAGAAGUAAGGGAAGAGCUGAUUAAGUGGCUACUUGAUCACAACUUGGCCGAAUACCGGGUACUGUACGAUGAUACCCAAGACAGUGCUUGGUUGGAUAAUGUGGAUCAGAGGUACACUUGGUUCUGCAAACGCCUGAUCGAAUUCGAGCAAAAGUUUCGCAACUUGAUCCCACCCGACUGGCAGAUCAUGGAGCGUUUUACGCUUGACUUUUGCGCUUGCAGUAAGGACAUGCUCUUGACGACAAUGCGAAAGCGAGAGAAGGAAUUGAACAUGAAGCUACUGUUGUUUGCCACGCAGCGGACGAUCAACUUCGAGGCUCUGCUGUGGAAGCGUUUCCCUUAUUUUGGACUUGAAGAGGUUACCUCGAUUCGUAAAAACCCGUUUCAUGGCUCGAUUGGGAGCUGCUUUGAGCGCUUUAUGCACGUCUACAUGGAUGAACAGGACUCAAAUCUGAACUCUUUGAUCGACCAGUUGGCCGCCAAGUUCAAAGAAAGACCUCCAACUAAGGACGAUAGUGCUUCAACCGCCUCAGCCGCCGUCCCCUUUCCCUCAAGUAGUGAGCUCUUUCUUUUCUACAAAAAGUGUAUAGUUCAGAUAACUCCACUGGGAAUGUCAGACAACGUCUUGAUCGAUUUGGCUUCAAUCUUCAAAAAGUAUCUUCAUGAAUAUGCCACCGUUUCUACGGCGGGACUCAUUCAGAGCAUUUUGAAAGAAGUGUCACGCUUGACUACAGAUGAAGUGUUCCUGACUUGCAGCAUUUUGGUCACCGCGGAAUUUUGUACGGAAACGACCUGCCAAUUGCAGGACAAGCUUAGGGAGAAACUGAAAGAUACUGAAAAAUGUGUUCAUAUCCUGGUGCAGGAUCUGGAAGGCGCUUGCCAGUCUGCCCUGCAGGCAAUGACAAAAAUGCAGUGGGCAUCGGUUGAUAAAGUUGGCGACGAUAGUCCGUACGUGCGGCUGAUGAAACAGCAUCUGCACACGUGCGUGUCGCAACUUCGAGAUUUCCUCACGAAUUCCAGGAAGUACUUCACUCAGAUUUGUUUGAAGUUCGUCAACUCACUAAUUCCGAAAUUUCUUUCCGCAUUGUUUCAAUGCAAACCAAUCAGUGUCGCCGGUGCCCAGCAGCUCCUACUGAACACUACCUCGCUGAAGACUGAACUCUUGAAUUUGCCGAACGUUGACUCAGUCGUUCCCAGGAAGCCCCCGGAUGCAUACUUGAAAAUUGUUUCGACUGAUACUUUAGGCUUCUUAUACGAUGAAUUUGUCGAACAAUAUAUGGAGUUUUUACCCCAGUCGGACGUCAUGGAGUUUCAGAAGGUGUUAGAAAUGAAGUCAGUGCGUCGAACUGACCAACUGCCAUAUGUGGAAUUGUAUCGCAAGCGUCUGUCGACGAUGCCAACCAGUGAUGAAGCCCCAUUUCAACCGAAGGUUUCAGAGGAUUUGUAUUCAGCGCAUCCUCUACUGACUUUGCCAAAAAUAUAUGUUGAUUCACACAUCAAGCGUUUGGAAAAGUUGAUGAAGACGCAUCUCUGA